GUCAGGACGGCACGCAGGCAGGUCGACCUUGAGAGUUCGGCGGAUCUUUGGCAGUUACAGUUGCUUUGUGUCAGGUUUAAGGCGAUAUUUUCGGAGAAACCAGGUGCCAGAUUCAACAUCAAAACCCUUUCGUAUCUGGGACACGUUGCAGAAGUGGUUCUGGGUGUUAUCACCAUGGCAACGACUGGAGUCAGCUCUGAAGAGGUGGAAAGCACUUCGAAAGGGGAGUUUGGUGGAAGGAGUGUGACUGCAAAACACUACAAAAAGUACAGGUGUGAGGAGUGCAGCAAGCAGUUCAGAACGCUGAGUCAUCUGAAGACUCACAUUCGCACUCACACAGGUGAGAAACCGUACAGGUGUGAGGAGUGUAGGAGGCAGUUCACUGAGAUGGGAAGUCUUACGAAACACAUGCGGACUCACACACGGGAUAAACCCUACAAGUGUGAGGAGUGCAGCAGGCAGUUCAGUGAGCUGGGUAAUCUGAAGAGACACAUGCGGACUCACACAGGGGAGAAACCCUACAGAUGUGAGGAGUGCAGCAGGCAGUUCAGUCAGCUGGGUAACCUGGACAGUCACAUGCGGACUCACACAGGUGAGAAACCCUACAAGUGUGAGGAGUGCAGCAAGCAGUUCAGCAGGCUAGAUGAACUGAAGUUACACAUGCAGACUCACACAGGGGAGAAACCUCACAGAUGUGAGGAGUGCAGCAGGCAGUUCCGUUGGUUGGGUUAUCUAAAGACUCACAUGCGGACUCACACAGGGGAGAAACCCUACAGAUGUGAGGCGUGCAGCAAGCAGUUCAGUGUGCUGAGUGCUCUGAAGACACAUAUACAGACGCACACAGGGGAGAAACCCUACAAGUGUGAGGAAUGUGGCAAGUUGUUCUGCCGGUUAGAGGUGCUGAAGAAGCACAUGCGAACUCAUACAAGUGAGAAACCCUACAAGUGUGAGGAGUGCAGCAAGCAGUUUAGUGACCUGGGUAAUCUGAAGAGACACAUGCAGACUCACACAGGGGACAAACCUUACAGGUGUGAGGAGUGCAGCAAGGACGUGUAG